UGGAAGUGUUUGACUGCUGGAGAGGGAAGCGCGGCUGCGGAGGGUUGGUUGGAUUGUAGGGAUGGACCAGGCAGUUACACCUCCAUAGCGAAGAGGAUUAUCUGAACGAGCAGUUAUCAAAAAAGCAUAGAGAUCAUGUUGAAUUUGAUGGCAGGGUAGCCCGUUCCCACAGUGGAGGAAGCCUGUGGUGUAAUUGUCGGGUCCUGUUGGCUCCAGGAGCAGGCCCUGUGGACAUCAAACUCUGGUCGAAAUGUCAGGUGUUUGCCGGCUUAAAUUCUGAGCUUCCGCCGAGGAAUCCAAAUACUUUUUUUUUACCUUUUAGAAAGAAACUGGAGAGUUUUCAAAGUGAGGAUUUUUUAGAAUGCCCCAGAAUUCUUUAAUAGAAGAAGUUUGCCAGUGGAACGAGGAGAUGUGCAGGAAAAACCUGAACCCAAUUCUGCCUGAACUUAUCUGUAUAUACCAAUGUAGCGAGAGUGGUAGCAAGCAAUUACGAACACUGAAGGUUCUCACAGAGAAGUUCUUGCCCCACAUCCGGCUUUCUGAGAUAGAACAGACCUUUUCUUCUCAAGUAUUGCCCAAGGUAAUGACAUUAUUUGACGAGCUUGCAAAUGAGUUAUCGCAACAUACAGGAGGGUUGUCCAGUCAGAACACAGGCCUGCAGGCAGCACUGAGGAACACUAUACAGUCCCAGAUCCAGAUUUUGGAGAUUCUGAUGAACCUUGUCCAGCAUGUGUGUAAGUUUGAGGAAGCUCUAGCUUUGGAAAACGUCCAUUCACUAUCCUUGGCUGUUUUUCAUAUCCUCAAGAAUACCUUUUGUCACUGCAAGGAGAGUGAGACCUUGUACAGUGGUCGCUUGCACUUGGUUGCAGACAUAUUGCAGUCUUUAUUUAAGGAAGCAUAUUCCCUUCAAAAACAGUUCAUGGAAUUGCUGGAUCGUAUAGUUCUGGAAUCGGCAACCAGCACUACUGAAGAUAUUGCAUCUAUGGUGACAGUGGUUCACAGUGUUUUGGAAAUUUGUUCAAUCAUUUCUAAGAUGGACCAUGCUCUACAUGCUAACACGUGGAAGUUCCUUAUUAAAAUAAGUGUGAAGCACCGGGCAUUGCUUGAGAGUAAGCUGCCGCACGAUGGACUUGUUGCUGGUCUUUGUGAAGACAUUCUCUAUUCGUUCAAUUCAUGCUUGCAUUUAGCUGAACAAAUGAACCAGUCUGCAGUAGUGGGAAGUGUUAACAGUACCGAUUGCAAACUCUUCCAGAAGACAAUGAAGCUGUGCCGUUUUUUUACUAACACACUUGUUCACUAUGUAAAGGAAUUCAAUGAUUUCCUCUCAACAUCUUGUCGCUUAUUGCACCACCUUUAUCUGCAGAUGUACUGUAAAUUUCCUCCUAGUUUAUAUGCACCAGUUUUGCCAGAUGGAUCUUAUGAGCAGAUUGCUUGCAUUGUUCCAGUUGCACUGGAUGCUCUUGUCUCGCAGUUGAUGUCCUACAGGCCCUUUGUGGAGAUAGUGUUACUAGAUAAUCUGGAUUUCUGUUCCGAGCUGGCCUUUCCACAAUGUUUACUAUUGAUUAACAUCAUGGACAAGCUUCCUUCGCAGUCUGAGGAGGUUCAAAACCUCUGGUGUUCCGGUAGCCAGUUUUCAGAGGAAAAGCCAAGGUUACCUUUGUUCCACACAUUGUUUCUUAACUUCCAGCGGUGUUAUGCAGAGCUUUCUUUGCCAGUCCAUUUGCCGGCCGCAAUGAGUAAGGGGCAGGCUCAACAAAGUGUCAGUUUAUAUGAAUAUGCAUGCACUCAUUUAUGUUCUUUUAUCACGUCCAUUCCCUCUUCUUAUUUUCCAGAGUUGGAAUGUUCCUUAUUGGAUGCUGUACUUGGACCUCAUAUGUUAACUGCUCUGUUGGCUUCAGAUACUUGGUGCUUUCUUGCACGGUAUGGAAGUGCUGAACUUUGUGCUCAUCACGUCUCUCUCAUAGCUGACCUGGUGAAGUCUUGUUGUGGAGAUUGUUACCAGCUGUCCCACUUAUCUUUACUCUUGCGCCGUUUGCUUUUCCUUAUGGCAGCAGAGCAUCAGGUUAUAUUUGUGAAAAGAUUUUCUCCCAAGGAAGCAAGCAACUUAUUGCUAUGGCGUCAAGUUAGUAUUAAAGCUCUGACUCCUGAGCUUCAAAAAUCUGUUACUUCUGAUAUUACCAGGACAGCAAUUGACCAAUGCAAGAGAUGGCAAAAUAGCAAACGCUCCUUGGGCGAACUGGAACAAGUGAAUGUUGCCCUCGCUGCUAUGUUGGCUGUGUGUCACGCUAAAGGGGAAGGCUUGACUACAGAGUUGCAGCUGGCAAUCACAGAAACUCUCUGCCAGAUGUGGGCAUUCCUCACUGUGGAACAGGUGUUGAGCCAGCGCUGUGUUCAGCAGACAAUUGCCUUGCUCCUCUCUCUCGUUGCAAGCCUGAUUCGUGUUGUAGGUGCUACAUUGAUUGCUCAGGUGGUAUUGUUUCUCAGUUUCCUUCUACCCUUAAAUCCUCCUGAUCAUGUUCGUCUUGCUGCAUUGGACUUUUUGGGAUCCCUGGGAAAGACUGUCAUAUCACCAGAUGUUCAGGGUGUGGUCCUUCCAAAGCUACCUUGUCUCUUUGCUUUCCUUCUGGCUGACCAGUCCUGGCUAAUUCUUCAGCAUGCACUGCAAGGAUUUACACAGUUUGCUGAGGAGACCUGCCAUGAGGGAGUGGUCCCACAGAGUCUGGAGUCGGGCAAUAUAAAGAGCAAAGUUGUAGACUUCUUGAACAAGGUAAUCACUACAGUUGAGUGCAAGGAAUUACAAAUGGAGAGGAUGAAACAAGAAAAUACUGUUCUCGAGGCACAUUUCAGUAGCCUAAGCCAAAGCCCGUGUGCCAUGAAUGACCCUACUUUAGUGCAGCCAUCUGCCAAGCGUGCCCGACAGGAACCAUGUGAGGAGGAGCAGUUCGAGACAGCCUUGCAAACAGCAGAGAAUGCUUUUACAAUAUUGCAGACUUUGUUAAAACGGCAAGUACCACCAGAGUGGGUAACAGUCCGUUUAAAAGCCUUGCAAGAAAUGAUCAAUGCUUUGAAUAGCAGGCAAGAACCUCUAUGAAAAUUUGAAUAAAUUGCAACAUACCUCCAACCAUAGGAGGAAUGUAUGGUCCUGGCCAAUUCUCCUAAUACAAGUUAACUUGUUUUUUAACCAGCUUUGAAAGAGCACAAUACUGUGCAAAUCCUAUGGGGUUGUAAUUGCAUAAAAAUUAAGUGGAGGAAUAAUUUGCAGCAUACCCA